AUGGGCUUCGCCUCCGACCUCGCAGCUACGCCCUUCGACCGCGCCAAUGCCUUCCUCAAGCUACUCUCCCAUCCCGACUACGACUACUACGAAAAACCCCUCGCCGGCGCCCUCACCCUCCUAAGCGCCUCUCACUCCCCCACCCCCUCAAACCCACACCACACAACAACCACCUACUCUCUACGCGUCCCCCGCGCGCUCUGCAACGCCACCGGUGCCUUGCACGGCGGCGCCGUCGCCACCAUCUUCGAUCUCUGCACUAGCCUGACCAUCGAGCCCGCCGCGCGGGAAGGUUUCUGGGAUACAGGCCAUGUGAGCAGGACGCUGAAUGUGACGUAUCUGCGGCCGGUGAAUGAGGGUGAGGAGGUCCUGGUUGAAAGCGAGGUUGUGGGUUUAGGGAAGAGGAUGGGGUUGGUUAAGGGGGUCAUGAGGGAGAGGGGGACGGGGAGGGUGGCAUAUGUUUGUGAGCAUGGGAAGGUGGCUGUAGGGGGUGGGGUCAAGCUAUGA